AUGGUUGUAGUCGUACACCGACCGCGCCCGCUGUCGACAGCGACAGACCUGACAGACUAUACCGACCGGACCGACCAGACCGACCAGACUGACCAGACCGACCAUGCCAUUGAAGCUGAUCCAGAUAACCGCUCGCUCAGCUCAGCAGACUAUGACGCAGAGCUCCGAAGCUGCACGGCUGAGGCGUUCGAGGCUGUGCAACAAUAUGGCCGGACAUACAACAAGUUUUGUGCCGGAGCCUACCCGUUCCCGAACGACGUUCUUGAGAACGAGCGCUUGCAAUGGCAGCACUGUCUCAUCCAAGCACUUUUUCUGGGACGCAACUGGUUCGCUCCCAUCCACCGCCUGCCCCUCAAACGGCCCAAAAAAGUCCUCGACAUAGGUUGUGGCACGGGGAUCUGGUGCAUCCAAAUGGCCAAGAAGUUUUCUCGAUCUCAUGUCGUAGGCAUUGAUCUAUCGCCUAUACAACCUAAAAUCGUUCCAACCAACUGUGAGUUCGUCAUUGACGACAUCAGAGACAGAGCGUGGUGGGGAAAAGGCUAUAUCCACUACUUUGACUAUAUCCACACUCGCAUGUCGUUGGGCAUUUUCAGAGACUUUCGAGAGAUUAUACAAAAAGGCUUCAACAACCUCGAACCCGGCGGCUGGAUGGAAUCACAAGAACUCUACAGCAAAGUCUACUGUGACGACAACACCAUGCCAGCAACCUGGCCCCUCCUGCAGUGGUCCAAAGAUCAGGACGAAGCCGCCAUGAAACUGGGAACACCGCUCCGCAUUGCAAACAAACUGAAAACGUGGUACGAGCAGGCCGGCUUUCUAGAUGUCAAGGAAGAAGUCUUCCGGGUACCGAUCAACGAAUGGGCGAAAGAGGAUCGAUUUAAAAUGUACGGGAAGUUCAUGGCUCAAAACAUGCAGGGAGGUCUCUAUGGCUGGACAGUCGACUAUUUCCACCGAGCUUUUGGGUGGACAGAGGAUCAAAUUCGGGUCGAAUGUGCGCGUGUACACAAGUCGCUGAAUGACCGAAACGUACAUGCGUACUUCAAGAUUUACGUUGUCUACGGAAGGAAACCUCACAUCGGAGAAGCGCCAUCUCAGGUGCCAAAACCGGAUCAUUGGCCAACAGUGUUUACUAGCUGCAACGAAGACGACGCAUCCAGCAUGUGUUGA